AUGGGGCAGCCGACCGUGCCCGGGUUGCUGCUGCUACUGCCGCUGUUGCUGCUGCUGCAGCCGCCCGCCAGCAGAGCCAAGAGCUGCGAGGGCCAGGGCCGCUGGCCGGUUCCUUACAGGCGCUUCGAUCGCCGUCCCCGGCCGGAUCCCUUUUGCCAGGCGCGCUACACCUUCUGCCCCAGCGGCUCUGCCCUUCCGGAGGUGCGGGAGACGGACGUCCUGGCCGUGUAUCGCUUGCAGGCUCCCGUCUGGGAGUUCAAGUACGGAGGGCUCCUGGGCCACCUGAAAAUCAUGCACGAUGCUGUGGGCUUCAGAAGCUCCCUGACUGGGAAGAACUACACAAUGGAAUGGUACGAGCUUUUCCAGCUUGGGAACUGCACCUUCCCACACCUGCGGCCUGAGGACCCCGCCCCUUUCUGGUGCAACCAGGGGGCGGCCUGUUUCUAUGAAGGGAUUGAUGACGCCCACUGGAAGGAGAAUGGCACCCUGGUCCAGGUGGCUACAAUUUCAGGAGCUAUAUUCAAUCAAAUGGCAAAAUGGGUGAAAUACGACAAUGAAACUGGCAUUUACUACGAGACCUGGACGGUCAAAAGCAGUCCAGAAAAAAAUUCCCGUGUCUGGUUUGAGGCGUAUGAAUGCUCCAAAUUUGUACUACGGACCUACCAGAAGCUGGCUGAGCUGGGGACCAUUUUCAAGAAGAUCCAAACAAAUUACACAACCAUUACUCUGUUCAGCGGAGAGCCUGUUUGCCUGGGCAAUGAGACAACUGUCUUCGGACCGUGGGGAAACAAAUCCUUGGCAUUAGCUAUUUGGAAUUUCUAUUUGCCCUUCAAACCUUACCAUUCAGUGAAGGAGUUCUUCCUUAAUCUAUUGAGGAUACUUGAGGAGGUGGUUCUGGAUCAUCGGUUUUACUUGUUUUAUAAUCUGGAAUACUGGUUUUUGCCCAUGAAAUAUCCCUAUAUGAAAAUAGCAUAUGAAGAAAUCCCGCUGCCUCACUCCAACGCUACCAAAUUAUGAUGUGUAAUUCUCGCCCGUUUUAACCCACUCUUGGUGGGCUGACUCCACCCAGAUGAGAUCUGCCUCGCCAAACUCUGGUUUUGUGCAGCAUAAGGAACAGGAUGGUUUUAAUUGGGUCUUUAAUUUACCUCUUGUUAUGGUCUGUUCCAGUGGAAUCAGGCUUUGGUGGAUGGCAAUGCAGUAGGAUCACAAGCUAAAGAGGGUCAGAAUUGUAGUCUAAUAGAUAAGUGGCUACAAUUGUGCUUUUCUUUUCCUUGAUGAAUGUCUUGAAUGGCAAAUGCUGGGAGUUCGUAGAAGGUUGGAUGGAUCCAAAACAAAGGUGCCUCGAAGCUGUUAGCAUUAGACAAAUUUGGCAGAUGAAAAGUAAGCCAGCACUGAUGAUG